GAAUUCAUCAGUUUCGUUCCAAUAUGAAGACCAUUAUUUUCUGUGCUUUCGCUGUGUUGUUCGUGGCGGUGUCGUGCCGUCCCGACAAGCUGGACCUGAAGCAGGUGAAGGCUGAUGCUGAGCGCAAGAAGGCCUGCAUGCAUGACUGCACCAAAGCUAAUCUUGACCCUAUCUGCGCUGGAAAGACAGGAGAGAAACCCAAGUCAUUCGGAAACGAGUGUGUCAUGAACAACUACAAUUGCGAACACAAAGAUACGUUGCGCAAGAUCAGCCAAGGCCAGUGUCCUGGAUCAGAUGGCAUCCGUCUCUCUUGAACACUGAAGAAACAAUAAUUAAUCACGUUGUUUAUAGUAGGUACUAACAGCAUUGCUUUCGAUAAAUUAUACUCGUAAUAUUGGCAUAUAAAACUUGCUUUCUAUUGGAAUUUUUUUAUUGCAACAUCAAUUAACGAUGUCACUUUUUGUUGUUAUUGUAUUUAUAAAAAAAUCAAAAAUGUUUUACGUUUUCUUGACGUCGUUUAAACAGAAAUGUAGUCACUGUAAACGAAAUAAUUAAUUAUCUUUAAUAAGUAAUACAAUAAUUACCUCGUUAUAUGUAUGCGCAUAUUAAAAGCUUUAACAAAA